AUGUCAAUAAUAGCAUCUCCCCGGCCCAGCUCCUCGGUUCGCAGCCCUUCCUUGACCCGCACCUCAAUCGACAGUAGUUCUUCGCACCGGCCUCCCCAAGCCAUACGUCGCAACCGCGCCGCCCUCCGCGAAUUCUACGGCCUCAAAAACGGGCCUAGAGAUGGAACGCCCGAUGCAAGAAUAUCCGAAGAGCCGUCAAGAUCGCAGGUAGCACUCGAUGAUGAGGAGACGCUGACGGAGCUGGAUUCUGCCGACUUCAAUGCCGAAGCAUUCGUCGAAGCUCUACUUGCGAAAGAGGGUCUAAAAGGCGUGUUAAAGGUGGAAGCCGACUUGAUAUCACAGAUCAGGAAUCUUGAUAGCGACCGCAAAUCCCUCGUCUAUGACAACUACUCCAAACUUCUGUCUGCUACCAGCACAAUCCGACGAAUGCGCGGUAACAUGGAUCCUCUCGCGCCCACCACCCACACGCUCGGUCCUGCCAUCUCGCACAUUGCCGAAACAGCCGCUUCAUUAUCUUCGUCAUUGCAUGAGAUACCUCAACCGAAAGAAGAGGGCCUGGGAAUUAGCAUCAAUGUCGAACAAGACCAGGGAGACAAAACCGAGGCAGAGAAGAAGAAGAAGAGACAAAAGGAUACUGUCAAAUGGGUGCUAGACACGCCAAGGCGACUGCAAGAGUUGAUUGACCAAGAGCAAGAUGAGGAGGCGGAGAAGGAAUGGGAGGAGGUUAGCAAGAUACUGGACAAGUGGAAAGGUGUUGCAGGUGUGGAAGAGCUUAGGGAACGAUGUGAAGAAAUUAUGGAGGAAGAGGAAGAGUCUGACUGA